CGCGGCCCCGCCUCCUUCCUUCCCAGGCCGAGCCGCCGCCGCCGCCGCCAUGGGUGUCGAUAUCCGACACAACAAGGACCGCAAGGUUCGCCGCACGGAGCCUAAGAGCCAGGACAUCUACCUGCGCCUGCUGGUCAAGCUGUACCGUUUCCUGGCGCGCCGCACCAGCUCCCGCUUCAACAAGGUUGUCCUGAAACGCCUCUUCAUGAGCCGCACCAACCGCCCGCCGCUUGCCCUCUCCCGCAUGAUCCGCAAGAUGAAGCUGCCGGGGCGGGAUAACAAGACGGCCGUGGUGGUGGGAACCGUCACCGACGACAUCCGCAUCCACGACAUCCCCAAGCUGAAGGUCUGUGCCCUGCGGGUGACCCAAGGAGCCCGCAGUCGCAUCCUGAAGGCAGGGGGUCAGAUCAUGACCUUUGACCAGCUGGCCAUGGCAGCCCCCAAGGGCCAGGGCACCGUGCUACUCUCGGGGCCCAGGAAGGGACGCGAGGUGUACCGGCACUUCGGCAAGGCCCCCGGCACCCCCCACAGUCACACCAAGCCCUACGUGCGCUCCAAGGGGCGGAAGUUCGAGCGGGCCCGGGGCCGCCGCCCCAGCCGGGGCUACAAGAACUAACGGCGCCGGCCCGCACCUGCCUGUGUCCAAUAAAUGGGUCAGAACCGUG